AAUAAGAUUAGAUGUGGAAUGAGUGUAAUGUGUUGUUGGCUUACUCGUACAAUGGUGGUGCGAUUAAAUUUUUGAAGCCCCACCCAGUUUUCUCCGGUGUUUGAUGGUUCCGAGUUGAAGAUCCCGAUCCCGCAUGUUCUCAACACAACACUUCCCUCUCAGAUCCCCAAAAAAUUCAUACUCACCAAUUCAUCACAUUAGCGCAACGGAAUCAUCAUCACAAACACUUCAAUUGAAAUCGCAAUCGUAAUGUGAUGGAUUCCCCACCUUCCCAGCAAUCGUGGGGAAGGUCACCCACCUCCCUCUCUUCAUCUGCUUCUCUUUCCAAAUCAAAUUCUGAUUCCAUUCAGAGCCUCUCAUCGAUCCUCAACAACCCUCACGCCUCCGACGCCGCAUCCUGGGGCGCCUGGUGGUCCUCCGCCACCGCAGUCGCUCCGCCCGAGUUCGCUCCCAUCGCGGUUGCCAAGGCCGCCUCCGAGGUUUCCCGAUCGGACUUCCAGCAGUACGUCGUGCCUAUCGCCGAAGCCUACCAUCGCUUCGAGGACAUCCGAAACCACACCUCCAAGGAACAGAUCAACGCGCUCGCCAAUGCCGCCGCCGCCUCCGGCCAGGGCGAGGCGCUCGUCGCCUGCCUCCGCGAGGUCCCCGCGCUCUACUUCAAGGAGGACUUCCGCCUCGAGGACGGAGCUACGUUCCGCGCCGCCUGCCCCUUCGCUAACGUUGCCGAGAACAUCGCGCUGCAGGAGAAGCUAUCGCAUUACCUCGAUGUUGUGGAGCUCCAUCUCGUGAAGGAGAUCUCGCUCCGCUCGUCCUCGUUCUUCGAGGCGCAGGGGCAGCUGCAGGACCUCGAUGCUAAGAUCCUCCAGGGUUGCACGCAAAUUCGCCAUCUCAAGGACACCAUUCGCCUCCUCGACGCCGAUUUGGUCCACGACGCGCGCCAGAUUCAGGAGCUCAAUGGCACCAGGACCAACCUCUUGGCGCUCCUGCAGAAACUCCGGCUAAUAUUCUACGUCAACCAGGCUCUCUCAGCUCUCAAAUUGCUUGUUGCAUCUGCAGAUUGUGCUGGGGCGCUGGAUGUGACUGAUGAUUUGCAACAUUUACUGGAUGGAGAUGAGCUCAGUGGUCUACAUUGCUUUAGGCAUCUUAGAGAUCAUGUAAUAGGCUUUAUAGAAUCCAUAAACAGCAUUCUUUCAGCAGAGUUUAUUCGAGCUUCCUUACAAGAUGCUGCAGAAAAGGAUGGGAUAAUUUUAUCCAAAGCUAAAGCAAAUGUCUCCCUUCCAAUGAAUGGAAAGGAUGAUGAAGUAAAGUUGGAAGAAGAGGAAAGCAGUAAUUUCAAAGAUUGUCUGCUUCCUACUGUAAUUGGAUUGCUCAGAACUGCUAAACUUCCCUCUGUUCUGAGGACUUAUCGAGAUACACUGACGGCUGAUAUGAAGAGUGCUAUUAAGACUGCUGUUGCUGAGUUGCUUCCAGUUCUUGCUUCUCGAGGUUCAGAGUCAGAGUUCUUUUCUGGAGACAGAACUGUAGAUGCAGAUGGUGGAGGUGCAUCACUGGCUAGCAAGUUGAGGAGCCUAUCAUCUGACUGCUUUGUUCAUCUUUUGAGUGCUAUUUUCUUGGUAGUACAGGCACAUUUAGUGCGGGCUGCUGAAGUGAAAAAGGCCAUUGAAUGGAUUUUGAACAAUCGUGAUGGUCAUUAUGCUGCUGAUUCAGUUGUGGCAGCUAUUGCUCAUGGUGCUGCAGCUGCAGAAACAUCACAAGAAAGUGAGGUUCAUGGUACUGCAUUUUUGCCAUAUUCAGCACAAAGAAGUGUUGCCAAGGGUUCUUCAUUUCAGGGAAAAUCAAUUGAUGCUGUGAACUCCUCCAACAUGUCAAAAAAUUUCAGAGCUGAUAUAUUGCGAGAAAACGCAGAAGCCGUCUUUGCAGCAUGUGAUGCGGCUCAUGGAAGAUGGGCAAAGCUUCUUGGGGUCCGUGCAGUUCUUCAUCCUAGGUUGAAAUUGCAGGAGUUUCUAGCCAUAUACAACAUUACCCAGGAGUUCAUUACUGCUACAGAAAAAAUUGGUGGGAGAUUGGGAUAUAGCAUCCGUGGGACACUGCAAUCACAGGCCAAGGCUUUUGUUGAUUUUCAGCAUGAAUCUCGGAUGUCAAAGAUUAAGGCAGUGCUUGACCAGGAAACCUGGGUGGAGAUAGAUGUUCCUGAUGAAUUUCAAUCCAUUGUCAAUAUGCUUUUUACAUCUGAUAAUUUAACUUCUGAGAACUUUAAUGACACCGAGGAUGAUAAUUCAACCAGUUACAAUGGUGUGGUCACUAACCAUGAUUCUAUGCCAAUGGUAAACAGUGCACAGUCCAGUGCUGAACAUCAAAUUAUGCGGGUUAAUUCCAUUGAAGCAUCUAUGAAUAAUGAAACAUCAGACAGACCCAAAUCCCCUAAUGAUUCUGUGGAAGCAAAUAAAGGUCCCAGUAAGGUUACAUCAGCUCACAGUAACAAUACUGAGAAAGACCACAAAAAAUCUGCUUCUCAGGCUCUUAAUUACAAAGGUGUUGGUUAUCACAUGGUCAACUGUGGCUUAAUAUUGCUGAAGAUGUUGUCAGAGUACAUUGAUAUGAACAAUCUUUUGCCAACACUUUCUUCGGAAGUUGUUCACCGUGUAGUAGAAAUAUUGAAGUUUUUCAACACGAGAACAUGCCAACUUGUUCUUGGGGCUGGUGCUAUGCAGGUGUCUGGUUUGAAGUCCAUCACAUCUAAACACCUGGCAUUGGCAAGUCAAGUCAUCAGUUUCGUACAUGUUAUUAUUCCUGAUAUUCGGCAGAUUCUUUUUCUCAAAGUACCUGAGACAAGAAAAAUACUAUUGCUUUCUGAGAUUGAUCGGGUUGCCCAGGAUUAUAAAGUUCACAGAGAUGAAAUACAUAGUAAAUUAGUUCAAAUAAUGCGAGAAAGAUUACUAGUACAUUUACGUGGGUUGCCUCAAAUUGUUGAGAGUUGGAAUAGACCUGAGGAUGCAGAUCCUCAGCCUAGUCAAUUUGCCCGAUCCCUUACUAAGGAAGUUGGGUACCUCCAACGUGUUCUAUCUCGAACUUUGAAUGAAGAAGAUGUUCAAGCAAUUUUUGGGCAAGUGGUCGUUAUAUUUCACUCACAAAUUUCAGAAGCAUUUUCAAAAUUUGAUAUUAGCACUCCUCAAGCACAGAAUAGGUUAUAUCGAGAUGUCAAGCAUAUUCUCCAAUGCAUACGGUCAUUGCCAUUGGGUGAUUUGAGUAAAUCUGAUACCCCAAACUGGGGUCAGCUGGAUGAAUUCUUGGUGAAAAGAUUUGGAAAUGAUGCUGUUCAGUAAACUAUAUUGUAAAGUAGCAACUCAAUUGCUUCCGUGUGAAGGCUAACAUACUGUGGAAGAUAUGGGGGUGAUGUAAACCUUCACUCUGCAUUUUUGUGUAACACUAAAUUGAGGCCUUUGGUUGGUCUGUGGGUAUACAAAGGUAAUGUAUCAUUUCUGAGCAUUGUGCAGCCGUGGUUGGUCAUUUAACAAGUUUUGUAGCAGUCGAUGUUGAUAUUCAAAAUUCUUGGUUUGUCUCCUUAAUUGUAAUUUUAAGUUGAAAUAGAUAUGAUUUAGUGAAUGAAUUAAGUUUUGCCCUCACCCCCAAUCUUUCCCGUCGCUUCUUCACCCAUGGAUAUGGAUGCAUCAAUAUGUACACAAUUCCAGAAAUCUAUAGCGAUAUUACCAAUUUGUGUGUCCUGUUUAAGUGCAUAUUUGAUUUUCUUACAAGUACCUACCUAAAUUGAAAACUCUUUUACUUUUUUCUUGAGGAA